CGUCACCGCAACGCUGCCUGCCAACACUUCACAAUUCAAUAGUCACGUUUAGACACUGUCGACAUAUAAGAAGAUAUUUUGUAAUUUUACCCAUUUUAUCCAUCUAUUUUAUCCAUCUAUAAGUUUUGCUUCCGAGAGAACCCCUCACGUUUAAAUAACGCGAAAACAGAUCCCUGGCCGUCUUGCUUAAGAAGAAAGUUCAACCAAACAACAUGGACUCAAUUGAAGACUUGGAAGUUUUUCUCAAGAAUGUCGACGAUAUAAGCAAUCUUGUGAAGGAUCUAAACUCAUCUGAUGUUAGAGUGCAGCAGAGAGCCAUCGAGGAAGCGGAUUGCCACAUUGCAGCAGUGAAUGGAUCCUGCAGGACAAAAGUCAACAAGACCACAAUCAACAUUGACGCACAUCCGAAGGCACCACUGAAUUCACAGACAGAAAGUGCAGAGAAUUUCAUGAAGCUUAUUGAGAGAGAUGUGCACGACAGGAAGAAGAGGAGAAUCGCUCAAGAGAAAAAGGCCACUGCGUUAAAGGACAAAGGGAAUCAGGCCUAUGCCCAAGGAGCGUAUGAGACUGCUGUGAAUUAUUACAGUGAAGGCCUGGCCGAGCUACGCGACAUGCAGCAGUUGUAUACCAACAGGGCGCAAGCUUACAUCAAGCUGCAAAAAUACCAUGAGGCCAUCAGUGAUUGUGAAUGGGCCCUGAAGUGUAAUGAGAAAUGCACAAAAUCUUACCUUCACAUGGGGAAAGCAUAUCUGGCACUGAAGAAAUAUAAUGACAGCAGAACGUGCUUUGAAAAGAUGUCCCUACUUGAACCACGGAUGGAGAAGCUGGCGAAAGAAUAUCUUACCAAGGUGGAGCUGGAUGAGAGAAAGGAGAGUCAAGAAAUGAACGCGAGACAAGACUUUGACAACGGAGUGGAGAAGGCCAAGAUGAUCCCUCAACUUCUGGAGAAGCUGUCAACACCUGGCCAGAUGCUGCUCUACUACUGCGGAGUACUGGAGAUUCUGUGCCAAGCAGUGAAUGACUGCACUGGCCAGACACUUUUCAGGCUGCACAAUGGUUUCAGCACCAUCGACAGCAAUGACGCUGUGAGCAGUUGCCUGUUGCAGGAAACAAAUGACCCAUGCAGCCAGGACUUGUGCGUGUCUGUUAUUAAAGUAUGGAGAGUAAUUUGCAGCGGAAAUGAGGAAAACCAGAAGACAUUGAUGACACGUCCAGCUUUCAAAGAGUCUUUUGUACCCUUGGUCUCAUCCGAUCACGCUGCAAUACAGAAGGAAUGUCUAGACUUGUGGUGUUCGUAUUCACAGACGGAAUAUGGCAGACGUCUCGUCAUUGACAACUUGGAUGUUCCCCUGUUCACGAGGAGCCUCAUGGCGUGCAUCUCGAGGCCAGAACAGCGACGGGAGAACAGAGUGCUUCUCAUUUUGCAGAACUUGGCGACGGACAAAAAAUUCUGCCGCCAGCUAAGGAAUGGACUGAUAGACUCUGUUGCCGUGCCACUUACAACAAUAUUGAGCAAUAUUGGCGAGGCUGAUCGACAUGUCCUGCCCACUCUAAUAUCAGCUGUUGGCGAACUUAUUGGAGACGACGUCAAUCGUCACGCCCUUGCUCAUGAUGCAGAGUGUUGGAAGGCCUUCCUGCUUGCCAUUAAGCAAUGCAUCUCUUGCAGCUAUAAGGAGAUUCUUUACGCUCUGCUUGGAUUGAUCAUCAACCUUUCUACUCUUACCUCACCUGUCAUUCAGGACCACGCGGUCUGCCUGUGUGGCUGCUGCCUGGACCUGCUGAAGGAUGACGACCGAGGUGUCGUAACUAGAGCUUUGGGUGUGUUGAGCACCGUCCUCCCACAGUCCUCCGAGGCUGUUAAUCAUGUGGUUCAGCGACAUGUGGCAAAGACUGUGCGGCGGCUGCUGAAGAGAACAGAAUCGACUGCCACUAAAUACGCUAUAAAGAUUCUGGCGGUGUGCACGGCUGCCAGCCACUCGGCCCGGCGGGAGUUGGUGAAGUCUGACAGAACACUAUCCGUUUUCCGUCAUUUGCUGAGCGCAAGCUGUGAUGAGAUGGUGUCAGGAAAUGCAGCCCUGUGCCUGGCCCAUUGCCUCGAGUUGAAGGAUAUUGCCAGCAACCUGCUGGGCACUGAUAUCGUACUUCAGCUGCUUCGCCACGCUGCAGGGGAUGCUAAGAGGACAGCCGUGCAGAAAAAUGCAGCAAUUGCUCUGGGGAAGCUAUGUCAAUCGGAGCCCAGACAUGUGAGCAAACUUCGAGACCUCCACGGCUUUGAGAUCCUGCACUCUUGUAUGAAGCUCGUCGAAUAAUGAUGGCUGGAAAGGAAGAUUUGCCAAGGUUGCCAAGGUUACCACGCAAACAAAGGGCUCGACUGAAAUUCUGCGCUGAAACAUCACUUGAGAGAGAACCCACAGUAACUAACACAUGCACCGUCAAUUGACUCUUUGACAGUGUACAGAUACAUCUUCCCUUGCAUUUCAAUGAAUGAUUAACAGCACCCCUUGAGCCUAAUGUUCAUUUGUCCCACAGACACAUUAAAGCCCUCACUUUGCUCCACACUGUACAUGGUAAUGGGCAUUUGCAGAUAGAAGGUUGGCGCUUUCUGUCCUUAUCUCUAUCUAAUGUACGAUAACCUGGUAGCGCAGAGUAAUGAUGACAAAUGAUCUCAGGGCAGUAAUGAAAAGAGGGAAGCAAUAAGUGUCCAUUAGCUGCCAUGUGAUCCAUCUUCCAAGGAGAGGAAACAUUUUGACCAAGAAAAAGGUCAUCUGAUGAUAGUCUAGAAUUUUAAACAAGCCGUCUUGCGGCUUAUCCAGGUUUUUAAGGCAGCGGUCUUAAAGAGGGUCCUAAUAUGUCUAAUUAUUUCAGCUGAUGGUGCUUGUUUUGAUGCAUUUGGGAUCCCCAUAAUUCUCAAAAGUUUGAAAUCAAACCAUGGAGGAAUAGCGGAACCGGCUGUAAACGAGCCGUUUGGAAUUUUAGGAUGGCCUACUUUGCCUUAUUACAUCAGUGGAUAUCUCCAUAUAAUAAUGAUUAGGGAUGUCCGAUAAUGGCUUUUUUGUCGAUAUCCGAUAUGCCGAUAUUGUCCAACUCUUAAUCACCGAUACCAAUAUCAACCGAUACCGAUAUAUACAGUCGUGGAAUCAACACAUUAUUAUGCGUAAUUUGGACAACCAGGUAUGGUGAAGAUAAAGAGAGCGUUUUCUAUUCAGGCUCCAGUACUCUGGAAUGCCCUCCCGGUAACAGUUAGAGAUGCCACCUCAGUAGAAGCAUUUAAGUCCCAUCUUAAAACUAAUUUUUAUACUCUAGCCUUUAAAUAGACCCCCUUCGUAGACCAGUUGAUCUGCCGUUUCUUUUCUUCUCUCCUCUGCUCCCCUCUCCCUUGGGAGGGGGAGUUGCACAGGUCCGGUGGCCAUGGAUGAAGUGCUGGCUGUCCAGAGUCGGGACCCCGGGUGGACCGCUAGCCUGUGCAUCGGUUGGGGACAUCUCUGGGCUGCUGACCCGUCUCCGCUCGGGACGGUUUCCUGCUGGCCCCACUAUGGACUGGACUCUCGCUGAUGUGUUGGAUCCACUGUGGACUGGACUUUCACAAUAUUAUGUCAGACCCACUCGACAUCCAUUGC